AUGGUAGUAGAGGUGAAUCCCAUCGUGGUGGUACAGGUCCUGUCCAUCCUCGGGUUCUACCUGAUUUCCAACCUUCUUUCGCGGAAGGGUAAUGCCAGUGGAAGGGACGCUCCGCUACCCCCUGGACCGAAAGGAACGUUCUUCGCAGGUGUGAAAGCCCAACUACCCACUUCAGAGCCUUGGAAAACCUACGCGUCAUGGGGGAAAAAAUAUAACUCGCCAAUAAUUCUAUUCCGGGUAUACAACCGCUCAUUGGUAGUCCUAAGUACCAACUCCGCGAUUCAAACCCUCCUCAACCAACGUGCAGAGCUAUACUCCCACCGGCCCAUGUCUUGGAUGUAUAACACCAUCUGCGGGCGGGGUCAAGCCAUCUUCCAGAUCUCCCCCACCGACGCGACUCAUAAAACCUAUCGGAGGCUCUUACAAACGGAGCUGGGGGUGCGCGGUACGAAGAUGUAUGCGGGGGUCAUCCAAGAAGAAUUGGGAAAUUUGGUGGAAGGGAUGCGAAGUAACCCGGUGCGGUGGGUUGCCCAUGUCCAAAGGAAUGCGAGCGCGGUGAUUAUGAAGGUCGCGUUUGGGUAUACUGUGAAAGAGGACGACGCGUUCAUUGCGAUUGCUGAUGAGGCUUCGAGAAUAUCAAGUCGGGCGAUGCAGCCUGGUAAAUGGCUUGUUGAUUAUUAUCCUCUCUUGCGUUUUGUGCCAGCCUUUUUCCCUGGGGCUGGGUGGAAGAGACAAGGCCUGCGUUGGAGGGAGAAAUUGUGGCACCUGUCCGAGAUCCCACACCAGUGGGUCAAAAGUCAGAUGGAAAAAGGAGAUUACACCGACUCAUUCACCUCCCGGCUGCUCCAGCGCGACGACAACGAACCACUAACCGCAGAAGAAGAGAACACGAUAAAGUGGUGCGCAGGCGGAUUGUACGCUGGCGCUGGAGACACAACCGUGUCUGCUCUUAUCUCCUUCGUCCUUCUCAUGUCGCUACAUCCAGAAGUAGAAAGGAGAGCCCAAGCUGAACUAGAUGCCUUACUCGGUGCAGAACACCUUCCUACCCCAUCGGAUACUGAACACUUACCCUACCUGCAUGCGAUACUGAAAGAAGUCUUGCGUUAUGCGCCGGUUGGCAACCUCGCUCUUCCACACCGUGUCAUUGAAGAUGACGAAUACAUGGGAUACAGAAUCCCCAAGGACGCAACCGUCAUAGCGAAUGUCUGGGCUGUGAUGCAUGACCCUGAACUAUACCCAGACCCAUUCACGUUUUCCCCAGAUAGAUUCACAGCUUCCGAUACGGCACGUCAACCUGACCCACGGCAGUUCGCGUUUGGCUUUGGCAAACGUGCUUGUCCAGGAAUUCAUUUCGCUGAGACGACGAUGUUGGUAGCCAUGGCGGGUAUCCUGUCCCAGUUUGACAUUUCUUUGCCACACAGGGGGGCCCCUCCACCUUUGGUAGAGUUUACGACCGGGAUUACAAGUCAUAUUAAGCCAUUUGAGAUUAGCAUCGUGCCCAGGGCGAUGCAAUGA